GUCGCUGCUUCCAAAGACCCACUGGUACAUGCGACCGGCAGGAACUAUGUUGAGCUUGACCGUGGUUCUGCUGGUGACGUGGACCUUGGGGAGAGCCCAGGAGAGCAUCUCCUGGGAGGUCCAGCGCUACGACGGCUGGUACAACAACCUGCUGCACCACAGCCGUGGCUCGGUGGGUGCCAGGCUGCUGCGUCUCCUGCCCGCCAACUAUGCUGACGGUGUCUACCAGGCGCUGCAGGAGCCUCACGUGCCCAAUGCUCGCCAGCUCAGCAACGCAGUGGCAGAGGGACCUUCUGGGCUUCCCUCCCGCAGGAACACAACUGUGCUGGCUGUCUUCUUCGGUUUCCAUGUGCUCUUGGACAUCCUGGGGAUGGAGAAACCCGGUUGCCCUGCUGAGUUCCUGAACAUCCACAUCCCAGCCAGAGACCUCGUGUUUGACCCUGCAGGCACUGGAGACGUGGUCCUGCCCUUCCAGCGCAUCCACUGGGCGACGGAGACGGGGCAGAGCCCCAACAGCCCCCGGGCACAGACCAACGAGGUGACAGGCUGGCUGGAUGGCAGCUCCAUCUAUGGCCCCUCGCACUCCUGGAGCGAUGCCCUGAGGAGCUUCUCGGGGGGACGACUGGCAUCAGGACGCAGCGGGGACCUCCCAAGGGAAACAGAUGGAAGGGUCCCCAUGUGGAAGGCACUGGAUCCGUCCACAGGACGAGGUGGUCCCCAGGGCAUCUACGACCUGGGGAGUGCCUGGGGGAACGAGAACCCUUUUGUGCAGGCUGAGAGCAUCGCCUGGUUUCGGUACCACAACCACCUCGCUGCAGCGCUGGCGAGGGCACAUCCCACCUGGUCCGACGAGGACCUCUUCCAGCAUGCUCGCAAGCGGGUCAUUGCAACUUUCCAGAGCAUCGUGCUGUACGAAUGGCUGCCGACUCUACUGGGGCGAGACAUCCCCAAGUACAAAGGUUACCAACAGCACUUGGACCCCAGCCUCUCGCCUGAGUUUAUGGCAUCUGCGGGGCAAUUCCUGGCCACCAUGGUGCCACCGGGCAUUUACAAGAGGCAGAAACAACCUGACGGGGAAUCACCUGCUCUUUCCAUCUCCCCUCAGCUGCUGCAGGCAGAGGACGUGGACAGCCUCCUGCUGGGGAUGAGCUCACAGAUUGCGGAGCGGGAGGACAACAUUGUGGUGGAAGAUCUCCAAGAUUACUGGUACGGGCCCCUGAAGUACUCCCGCACUGACUAUGUGGCCAGCUGGCUUCAGCGUGGGAGAGACCUUGGCCUGCCCACCUAUAACCAAGUCCGGGAGCGAUUUGGGUUGGAACCUCUCCAGAACUGGUUGGACCUUGGCCCACACCUGGAGCAGCAGGUCCUGGAGAAGGUUGCUUCCCUGUAUGCCAACAACACGGCUAGGUUGGAGCUGCUCCCUGGAGGCAUGCUGGAGGCUGACAGCUCCCUCUUCAGUGCCAUCAUCCUGGACCAGUUUGUGCGCCUGCGUGAUGGCGACAGGUUUUGGUUUGAGAACACCAAGAAUGGGCUGUUCACAGCGGAGGAAGCCAGUGAGAUUCGUAACACCACCUUCCACGACAUCCUGGCUGCCGUCACCUACGCAGACCCCACAGACCUCCAGCCCCACGUGUUCGUCUGGAGCGAGGGGAACCCGUGCCCCCAGCCCCAGCAGCUGACGGCUCAACACCUGGCCAACUGCACACCUAUGAUGGUGCUGGACUACUUCGAAGGCAGUGCCGCUGGCUUUGGCGGCAUCAUCAUUGUCCUCUGCUGUCUGCCUUUAGUGACUCUGUUUGUCGCCUGGAUUGUUGCUGUUCUCCGCAAGAGAGAUUUCAAGAAGCUGCAGAAGAAGCACGGCACCACCGUGCGGCAGGAUGUGAGCAGCGAGGCGAUACUUGCCAUGGAGUGGCGCGGUCCCAAGACAGCCAGCUCUCCUGUCUACAUUCAGCUCCAACCUGAUAAAGUGCUCAAGGUUCUGGAUGGGAGAGGGUCUGUGCUCCGGAGCAUCAACCUGAAAGCCCAUCAAAGGGUGGAAGUGAUCCUCUCCAGCAACAAAGGGAACAAAGCUCUGCUCCUGAAGAGCCCCAAGGAGUAUGACCUGGUGCUGCUCUUCAAUGAGGAGGCAGAGAGGAGCAAAUUCCUUGGGAAGUUACAAAGCUACUUGGAGGAGGGUGGCCUCGAUCUGCACAUGUGUGAGAUGAAGGAGCAGAGCCUGAUGAAGCGGGCAGUCACCCAGGAGCAGAGAAGACAAAUUCUGGAGACUUUCUUCAGGCACCUGUUUGCUCAGGUGCUGGAAAUCGACAGGUCCAAUGCCGGAGAGCUCAACUUUGAAUCUUCACAGAAGGCAAAGGAAUCUCUAACAUGUGAGCUGAGCAGGGCUGAGUUUGCCGAGGCCCUGGGGCUCAAAGCCCAUUCCAUGUUUGUGGACUCCAUGUUCUCCCUGGCCGACAAAGACAGCAACGGCUACAUCUCCUUCCGGGAAUUCCUCGACAUCUUGGUGGUCUUCAUGAAAGGGUCCCCAGAGGAGAAGUCCAAGGUGAUGUUCAGGAUGUAUGACAUUGAUGAAAAUGGGUUCCUCUCCAAGGAGGAGUUUCUGAGGAUGCUCAGGUCCUUCAUCGAGAUCUCCAACAACUGCUUGUCAAGAGAGCAGGCAGAGCAGGUGACCGAGUCCAUGUUUCAGGCCUCAGGGUUUCAGGACAGGGAUGAGCUCACUUGGGAGGAUUUCCACUAUAUGCUACGAGACCAUGACAGCGAGCUCCGCCUCACCCAGCUGUGCAUCAAAGGUGUCCCUGAGGUGCUGAAGCAAAACCUACACAACCGCGUCUCCUUCAUCAAAAAGACAGUGCCAAAAGGAGCUGUCUCUGAGGAGGAGAAAGACCCAAAGCUGGAUACCACGAGCCACUGUGUGGAGCAAGAAGGUCAAGAGCUGAGGAAGAGACCAGGCCGAAAGACAAACCACUACCAGCUGCAUUUGUACACUGAAGCGCAACGGAAGAAGUAUGAGCGGAGCAAAGUUCAGCAGAAGGUCCAGGAGCUCAAGCGCUUCAUUGAGAAUUACCGGCGCCACAUCGUCUGCGUGGUCCUGUUCUCCACCAUCACUGCUGGCGUGUUUGUGGAGCGAGCCUACUACUACGCCUUCACGUCCCCCAGCACUGGGAUUUCACAGACCACUUUUGUGGGGAUCAUCAUCUCCCGAGGAUCAGCCGCCUGCAUCUCCUUCAUGUACUCCUACAUCCUGCUCACCAUGUGCCGCAACCUCAUCACCGUCCUGCGGGAGACUUUCCUCAAUCACUACAUCCCCUUCGAUGCUGCCUUGGACUUCCACCGCUGGGUCGCCAUGGCAGCCUUGAUUUUCUCAGUGCUCCACACUGCAGGUCACGUGGUGAAUGUCUACAUCUUCUCAGUCACACCUCUCAGCGUGUUGUCCUGCCUCUUUUCCAGCAUCUUUACGGAUGACGGGUCACAGCUCCCACAGAAGUACUACUGGUGGUUCUUCCAGACUAUUCCAGGCAUGACAGGAGUGCUGCUGCUCAUGAUCCUGGCCGUGAUGUACGUGUUUGCCACCCACCACUUCCGACGUGUCAGCUUCCAGGGCUUCUGGAUCACCCACCACCUCUACGUGCUGCUCUAUGUCCUGGUCAUCAUCCAUGGCAGCUACGCACUGAUCCAGCAGCCCCGCUUCCACAUCUACUUCAUAAUCCCAGCCCUCAUCUAUGGUGCAGACAAGCUGCUCAGCCUGAGCAGGAAGAAGGUGGAGAUUGGUGUGGUGAAGGCUGAGCUCCUGCCCUCAGGUGUCACCCACCUCCAGUUCCAGCGGCCGCAGGACUUCGACUACAAGUCAGGGCAGUGGGUACGCAUCGCCUGCGUGGCCCUGGGCACCACCGAAUACCACCCCUUCACCCUGACCUCGGCCCCACACGAGGACACGCUGAGCCUGCACAUCCGGGCCGUGGGGCCCUGGACCACCCGCUUGCGGGAGCUCUACUCCCCAGGCAGCCUGGCCCUCAUCGGCAAGCUGCCCAAGCUCUAUUUGGAUGGGCCCUUUGGUGAGGGCCACCAGGAGUGGAACAAGUUUGAGGUGUCAGUGCUGGUGGGAGGAGGCAUUGGGGUGACGCCCUUCGCGUCCAUCCUCAAGGAUCUGGUCUUCAAGUCAUCCAUAAACUCCAAGCUGCUGUGUAAGAAGAUCUACUUCAUCUGGGUGACACGCACACAGCGGCAGUUUGAGUGGCUGGCAGACAUUAUCCACGAGGUGGAGGAAGCAGACAGGAACAACUUGGUCUCCGUGCACAUCUACAUCACGCAGCUGGCCGAGAAGUUCGAUCUGCGCACCACCAUGCUGUACAUCUGUGAGCGUCACUUCCAGAAGGUCCUGAACAAGAGCCUGUUCACAGGGCUACGUUCCAUUACCCAUUUUGGGCGCCCUCCCUUCGUCCCUUUCUUCAGCUCGCUGCAAGAGGUCCACCCUGAGGUGCAGAAGAUCGGAGUGUUUAGCUGCGGCCCGCCCGGGAUGACAAAGAGCGUGGAGAAGGCUUGUCGGCAGCUGAACAAGAAGGACCAGACCUACUUCGCACAUCACUAUGAGAAUUUCUGA